AUGCUUGCACACGGAGCAGGAGUUUGGUGCCUCCACCCUACGGUUAGAUUAGCAACAAAGCUCUCUUUCAUCCAAAGAGGCUAUCUGUUAGCAAUUACGGAAGCAUACAAUACCACGCCACUGCAGCCACUUCAGGUUAUCCUUGGCUUGCCACCACUACAUCUGCAACUUCAGAUGAUGGCAAGAAGGACUAAACUGUACAGACUCCGUGGAAUCGUACAUGAUAUGCCACAUAUCAGUCCAUACGAGUAUGAACACAGAGCUACGGGCUGGACGUCGAAUCCUUCCAAACAUCUUCAAUCACAUCAAAUUUCGUUGGAAGACGGUGGGUCUCAGAAUGUAGUACUUGGUAUCUGUACAGAUGGAUCAAAAUCCUCAGCAGGAAUUGGGGCUGCAUUUUAUGUCAUGCAGGAGGCAGUGACUAUAGACCAGUGGUCAACCAGCUUAUUCAAAGAAAACACUGCCUUCCAAGCUGAAUUAUUAGCAAUCAAUAGAACAGCCAAAUACACAACCUCUCUUCCUACAUCAGAUCUAAUUACUAUUUACGUCGACAAUAAAAUCAUUAUCAAACAUAUUCUCGUUUCUUUAGAUUAA